ACCCCGAAAAGGGCUGGGAGCCCAUCUGGCUUUUCUACUGUGUCCGAUCCGACUCCCCUUCGCUCUGAACCUUAAGAUAUAUAAGUUGGAAAUCUUUCCUGGUUCCCUUGCAGUCCAAAGUAUCUUCUGUGGGAAGUGGGUUGAAUGGUCAGACAUCCUCUGAUUAGUAAAACAUGGGAGAUACAUCCAUCCUUUUUGAAGCUGGAUUAGAGACCAGAGAAAAGUUGGAGGGACAACACCCAGCAGAUGCAGGAGUUGGAAAAGGCCCUCCUGUUGCUCACCCUUGGGGCUGUCCGAAGAAUAGGGCAAUUCUUGGGCAGAAGAGCCAAGAAGCCAACAGCUCAGAGGUUGACUUCAGAAAAGUGCAGUUCCAGGAGGGGAAGAAUCCCCGAGAUGUUUGCAGUCAGCUUCACCGCCUUUGCCAUCAAUGGCUGCAGCCGGAAAGACACACCAAGGCUCAGAUGCUGGACCUGGUGCUCCUGGAGCAGUUCCUGGCUGUUCUUCCCCCAGAGAUGGAGCAAUGGGUGCGGGAAUGUGGAACAGAGACCAGUUCCCAGGCAGUGGCCCUGGCCGAAGGCUUCCUCAUGGCUCAGGAGUCGGAAAAGAUGCAAGAAGAGUUGCAGAAAUCCUUGACUGAUUAUCCCAAAAACAGGAAGGAUUCAUUUAAAUCUUUUCAAAAGCUGCUUUUCAGGGAGACUUUACACAAAGAUCAAAGUCAGGACACCACUCGAGAGAGUAGAAGGCUCUCCUUGGAAAUGUUAGAAUCACCUCCUCUUUGUGCUGGAGCUGAAGAAUUAGCUGAACCACUACGUCGGGCUGUUGUGUCUUUUGAAGAAGUGGCCGUGUAUUUCUCCGAGGAGGAGUGGUCUCAACUGGAUGCUGACCAAAAAGCUCUCCAUGGACAAGUCAUGCUGGAGAAUUCCAGGAAUCUGGCUUCUCUGGGUAAGAAUCCCCAUCUCUGCUCAGAAACAUAGAAAAGUCAUGGGGUAGAGGACUUAGGUCUUAUUUAAAAAUAGAUUAAGUGAUUAAAAAGAUCACUUAUUUAUUUAUAUCCCACCUUUAUUUUUUGAAAAUAACAAAGGCAGUGGACAAAUUUAAAAUUCCUUCCUCGUGCUGGUUUUCCCUACAACAGCAAUCCUGUGACAUGGGUUGAGCUGAGAGAGACUGGCCCAAAAUUACCUAGCCAGCAUUCAUUCUAAGGAUGAACUAGUACUCAGUGACCUAGUUUUUUGCUUGAUCCUUUAACCAUUUGACCAAACUGACAUUAUGGAAGAAUGAAAUUUAUUAAAAGAAAACCUUGGAAACUGCAUGCCCUCUCCUUUCCCAUAAAUGAAAUGUAAUUUUAAUGAUUUCUGCUCAUAAACUAUAAAAUAUUCAUUUCCAUGCCACAGAAGAUAUUAGCAAGAAUCUGAGAGGUAGGCUGCACCUAGGUAUGGACCUCUCUUGAGCAAGGUUCUGCCUACCAGGGUUUAGUAUUCACUCCUAAAUCUCUGCUCUAGGUCCCUGGUGGCCC